AUGGCCACCAAUGAAGAGAGGCUCUUUGACACCCGCGAUUUCGAUGAAAGUCCCACCCCAGAUGACAGUGACUCUGAAGGCGAGGAGGAUGAAACAGCGAUUGAAGAGGAAGAGCUAGCUGGAGAGGAGGAUGAGGCCGAGACAGGAGAGGACAAUGGCACCAACGAUGACAGCACCAAUAGCACUCUCAUGGACCGCGUACUCAAACUCCUCGAGACAAUGGAGGAGCUUGAUGUCAGCCCCGCCGAUCUUCUUAUCGCACUGAGCUGGGGCGACAAUGCUUGCAAUCGUCAUGGCAAGAUUCGAGCUACUUCGUAG